AUGACUCGGUUGCUGGGAAUCGAGCUAGCACCUCUUAACAUUCCCCUGGAGCGACGACUUCAAACCUUAGGAGCUAUCCAUUUUUUUAUCGUUUGUCUAGUAUUGCCAGCUUUCACUUUAGUAAUUCCUUUUAUAUUGCUAUGGACGCCACUUUGGCCCUUAAUGAUUCUCUAUUCCAUUUGGUUAAUAUAUGACUGGGAUAGUCCAAAGAGAGGUGGAUAUCGGAGCAAAUGGUUUAUGGAUCAGAGGAUUCAUAAAUGGUAUGCAAACUACUUCCCAGCAAAAUUGCACAAAACUGAAGAACUAGACUCCGAGAAGAAUUACAUAAUAGGGUAUCAUCCCCACGGUAUCAUUUCCAUGUCUGCUUUCAUAAAUUUUGGGACUAAUGGAACUGGAAUCCUUGAGAGUUUCCCUAACAUCAACUUCCAUCUCUGCACUCUAGUUGGUCAAUUUUGGACGCCCUUCAGAAGAGAAUGGGGGUUAUUGCAUGGUAUGAUUGAUUGUAGCAGAGAGAGUAUAAGCUAUCUGAUCAAUAAAGGGAAUAAGGGGAAAGCCGUAGUUCUUGUUGUUGGCGGUGCAGAGGAAGCCCUAGACGCCCACCCAGGACAUAAUAUUUUAACAUUGAAUAGAAGAAAGGGAUUCAUUCGGUUAGCUUUACAAACGGGGGCCCAUCUUGUACCAUGCUAUUCUUUCGGGGAAAAUGAUAUUUUCGAACAGGCUGACAACCCGAAAGGUUCAAAGAUACGUAAGGUUCAAACUUUCUUGAAAGAUCUUCUCGGUUUCUCGCCACCAGCAUUCCAUGGAAGAGGUGUAUUCAACUACACUUUUGGACUACUCCCAUAUAGAAAACCAAUUAACACAGUUUUGGGAGCCCCAAUACCCGUAGAUCAAGUGGAGAAUCCAACCCCUGAACAAGUGAAUGAACUACACGCCGAAUAUGUCAAAGCUCUGCAGAACCUUUUCGAUGCUAAGAAAACCGAAUUCGGAGUGUCACCCCAAGCCCAACUGGUCAUUCAUUGA